CCCACAAUCUAAGAUGCUCCGAGAAGAUAAGAACCACAAUACUUACAUUUCGGGAUGUUCGGAAAUAGAAGUACAAUCUGCAGAGGAGGCUUUUAAAGUGUUUUGGAGAGGUCAGAAGAAGAGGCAUAUUGCCACCACCAAGAUGAAUAGAGAGUCCAGUCGCUCACAUACUGUGUUCACAAUAAAACUUGUCCAGGCUCCUCUGGACGCUAAUGGAGACAACAUCUUACAGGAAAAAGAGCAAAUUACUGUAAGCCAGCUGUCUCUGGUAGAUCUUGCUGGAACUGAAAAUGUCAACCGUACUAAAGCAGAACAGAACAGACUACGAGAAGCUG